GCGGCGAUGCGCGGCGGCGGAAGGGCCUGGCGGUGGGUGCAGCUGCUGGGCCGGCCGGCAGGGCGGCGGCGGUUCUGGGGGGCGCCGGAGGGGCACGGAGGCGCCGCCAUGGCGGAGGCCGGCGCGAUGGGGCAGAGGAUGGUCUGGGUGGACCUGGAGAUGACCGGCUUGGAUAUUGAGAAAGACCAGAUCAUCGAGAUGGCCUGCCUCAUAACCGACUCAGACUUAAAUAUCUUGGCUGAAGGUCCCAACCUGAUAAUCAACCAGCCAGAUGAACUACUGGAGAGCAUGUCGGAAUGGUGCAAAGAGCAUCAUGGGAAGUCUGGCCUUACCAAAGCGGUGAAAGACAGCACAAUAUCUCUCCGCCAAGCAGAGUACGAAUUUCUGUCUUUUAUCCGGCAGCAGACGCCACCGGGACUCUGUCCUCUCGCAGGAAACUCGGUUCAUGCAGACAAGAAGUUUCUCGACAAACACAUGCCCCAAUUUAUGAAGCAUCUUCACUACCGGAUCAUUGACGUGAGCACUGUUAAAGAGCUGUGCAGACGCUGGUUCCCAGAAGAUUACGAGUUUGCACCGAAGAAGGCUGCUUCUCACAGAGCUCUUGAUGACAUCCGGGAGAGCAUCAAAGAGCUUCAGUUCUACAGAAAUAGCAUCUUCAAGGGGAAAACAGAUGAAAAGAAAAGGAAGCUAGUGGAAAAUGGCGAAAACGAGAACUCCACCAGUUGAUCUCAUAGCCCUCCUCACUCCUUAGGAAAAGUCCAAGACCUCAGGCUGCUUCCUGGCACGUCCAAGACGACGGCUUCUGUGCUCCCUGGCUUCCCUAAGGUGGUUCAGAGUGAUCGAGCCCUGGAUGCGCGUGUUCUUCUGCGCUUGAGCUGUGGGCCUUGAAGCCUUCGCAGUUGUUUGCUUUGGAAGAACCUUUUGCAUUGGAGAAUCCCUUCUGGUUGCUUUUAGGCGCCCUCUUUUGCUACAGAAUAAACCCACUCUGCUGAA